AUGUGUACAGUUCUCAGCGAAGCGGGUUCUAAAAAAUGCAUUAUUUGUCUGCAGUACGCCCCGACACUGGUUCCCCUGAAUACGGAAGUUGACGUCGAUGGUGUUACGAUGAACUGUGAAACUAUGUACGCUAAAUUCACCGGCAUUCAGCAUGAAACCGAGACACUCGCCAAAGAGCGCUUGCUGAAUCUCUGUUUGGCUUGUCUAACGCAACUAAAUUCUUGUUACUUAUUUCAAAAACAAGCAAUCGAAUCAGCGGAAAGAAUAUUUGCAACCAUCACAAAAUUGGAACUGCAGCUAACGGUUGAUAAGGAUAAUCUCUCAUGCUCGUACCUCAACUCACCCACCCAACAAACAGACAAACAGACUGAAAAUAGUAUUUAUGUAGAUGAGGAGAACGUAACUGAAGAGAUAGAUCUGGAUCACAAUGAUGCAUCACCAGUCGAUCAGUUCGUACAAGAGCCAGCGCAAGAUGUCUUAGAGCCAGAGCUAGAAGAACAAGUUGCUGAAGAAUCCACCGAUUCGAUCGAACCAGACACACCACUGCAAGAGGCUGAGCAGCACAACGAACAAACUGUGCCGGAAGAAAGCAAAUCUUCCUGCAGCGAAUGUACACACCUGAAAAGUAAUGCCAUCUGCUUUCGAAAACACUUUAUGCGAGCGCACUGCCACGUACAGGCAGGAGACAAACGGUACCGGUGCACCAUCUGCUUUGGACAGUUUCAAAGCAUGCGAUCCUUCAUACGGCACACACGCACCCAUCAAGGAACGAGGAAGUACGCGUGUCAGUUCUGUCCCAAGUCGUUCCACUACGCUCACCAUUUGCAGGCCCACGAGCGCAUCCAUACGAAGGAAAAACCUUUCGUGUGUGAAAAAUGUAACAAAGCAUUCAUUUCUAAGGUACGUUUAAGCACACACGAAGAUACACACCGGGCCGAGCGGGCGUUCGAGUGUGAGGUGUGCCGGGCAAGGUUGAAAACACGGCAGAAUUUGUACAAACACAGUCUCAUCAAGCACGACCGGCCGGUGGCAAAGUUUCAAUCGUUCAAGUGCGAACAGUGUGAUAAGGUACUGAGAUCGCAAUCGGCCGUUACCUAUCACAAGCAGCAUCCAUGUGGGUCGACAGUUCGGAAUCAGCAAGAACAGCUUACCGUGGAACAGAAAGUCCUUCAUCGAGACGGUAACCAUCCUAGGAAAUAUGCUUGUGGCGUAUGUGGCUUACUAUUUAACCAAAAAAUCGAACUCAACCGACACACGCUCAUUCACGAAGGAUCAUUACCGUAUCUGUGCGACGUUUGCGAUCGUCCGUUCCGACAGAAGGGAACACUGACGACACAUAUGCGUACCCACACCGAUGAAAAACCGUACGAAUGUACGCAGUGUACAGCUCGUUUUCGAUCCGCUGCUUCUAGACGCUCGCACAUUAUGAGACAGCAUGCACCGUAG